AUGCUGACCUCUUCUUCUUCCCUGGUAGCUCCCAAAGGGCACCAGAGUGAGAUGGUGUCCCCAGCUCGAGAGCCCGCACUCUCAGUUGCCCUCUGGUUGAGUUGGGGGGCGGCUCUGGGGGCUGUGGCUUGUGCCCUUGCUCUGAUGACCCAACAAACAGAGCUGCAAACCUUAAGGAGAGAGGUGAGCUGGCUGCAGAGGACUGGAUGGCACUCCCGGAAGGGGGAGGGGCUGCCCAGGCACAGCCUCGGGGCACAGAGCCCUGACCACCUGGAAGCCUGGGAGAAAGGAGAGAAAUCCCGGAGGAAGAGAUCUGUGCUGACACCUAAACAGAAGCAGAAGCACUCCAUUCUGCACCUUGUUCCCCUUAACAUCACCUACAAGGAGGACGCAGAUGUGACAGAGGUGACAUGGCAAGUGGCUCUCAGGCGUGGUAGAGGCCUGGAGGCCCGAGGACAUGUUGUCCGAGUCUGGGACACUGGAAUUUAUCUGCUGUAUAGCCAGGUCCUGUUCCAAGAUGUGACUUUCACCAUGGGUCAGGUGGUGACUCGGCAAAGCCCGGGAAAGGAGGAGACUCUAUUCCGAUGUGUACAGAGCAUGCCCUCCAACCCUGACCGGGCCUACAAUAGUUGCUACAGUGCAGGUGUCUUCCACUUAGACCAAGGGGAUGUUCUGAGUGUCACAAUUCCUCGGGCAAAGGCCAAACUUAGCCUCUCUCCACAUGGUACCUUCCUUGGCCUUGUGAAACUAUGA